CAGCAAAGACGGGACAGCGGAGGAAGGAGGUGAUGGAAAGGAGAGAAGACGCCCUGGAUGGGAUUCGUAUGAGACUCGGUCCCUUUUAUGGUUGUUGAUUAUUGACGGCUAUUUGCUUCGAGUACCUAAUGAGAACCCCAUUUUCCGGUCCAUAUAUAGCAACUCCGUGCCGGACAUCCGGGUCAGUCGUGUUUUGCUCGUGCUUCUCUUAUUGACACUCCAGUUAACCAGCAGUGACCCGUUCAACAAUGGACCUUCUUACCGAGUUCCUGGAGCCUAUACUCUCCUUUCUGAAGGAACAACUGCCACCACCAGUCUACUCCUUCAUUAUCUCUAUGCUGUCGCACUGUUUGGCGUUUUGCACCGCAUUCUACACUCUGGUCGGCGAGCUUGUCUCAACGAAUCCUCUCCAAUGGGAUGCGCAAACACUACUACCCCCUCUUAUCGCUGUGUUCUCAGCGUAUAUCGCUCUCAUGAGUCUGUAUCGGACUACAAGCUGGAUGUUGCGCACCAGCUUCUGGUUUAUCAAAUGGGGCACCAUUGUGGCCGCUCUAAUCGGGGCCUCAGGAUGGGUGCUUGGUAGCCAACAACUACAGGCCAACAAAAGUGGAGGAUUGAUGCCAUGGUCUAGCCUUGGAGAGAUGGCGAUGGAUAUGUUGAAUAGUCCCAGUGGACAAACCUCAAAACGUAAACCGAGGACACCCCCGCAGAGGCCCCGGGUUUGGGAGUCAUUUGAUCGUCACCGAGCGUGGCAGGAAACAAAAAAUGAGCCGGAAAGCCGUAGCGACUUUAAUGCCAAGGAGGUGAUUGGGGCAAUCACACGGUGGUGGGAUAUGGCGAUGGACGUUAUGGCAGAUGGAAGAGGACAAGAUGAUGGAAAUGACAGCAGAGCCAAGACAACAGUCUCACGAUAAUCUAUGCAUCAACCAACAAAGGCAGAAGAGGACGACGCACUUGGCAAUCCUUCCCAGCUGUGUUAAGCCACUCAAUCCAACGAAAAAGUUGACCUAGGAACGGGGGUGAGGUUUAGGCGCAACGAAAAAACAUGAUUCGCAUACUCCAGCAAGACUGUAAUUAACAGGCGUUAUUACAAAGGCAUACCGCACCCAGAUGAACCCGGUUGCAGUCAGCGCUUGAAGUCAAUGAGCUGGUGUUGCAGGGAAAAAACGGCUACGACGAACCGAGAUUUUGAGAGACGCUCAAUUUCUCCACUGGUCUCGACAGGUCCUUGAGACCUGCAGCAACAAGACCCCACUUCAUCAUUGGAGCCCAGAAGAAAACUGUCUUCGGACCUGCAGCCAGUCGUCGGUGAGGAUACUAGUCGAGACGCGAAGACAC